CUCGCUAACCCACAUAAUAUCCGUCCUCGGCUCGCAAUUAAUCGUAGUAGUGUAUUCUGCUGCUUCCGAGACGAACAUACGUGUGUGUGUUAUUAACAUUCGACUGCACAACGACAGUUUUGAUUUUUAAUUUUUCGUCUUUCAUUUUCAACAAUCGAAAUAAUGGCAAGGUUCGCGAUCAAAGCCCUCGUCGUCACGGCACUAGUGUGCCUCGUUUUUGACUUGGCCGCGGCCGAUGUGAGUCAACAACAACAAGGAGAGGACGUGCACCAGCAUUCGGUCGGACCCGCCGACGCGCCGGAGACUACAUCGCCCAGCUCGUUCAAGGACAAGUUUAAGGGUUUCGUGACCAGCGUCAAGGAGGGAGCGUCGGACACGCUGGACAACCUGAACGAGAAACGCAAGGAGGCGUAUGCCGGCACCAAGAAGCUGGUGAACGGCGUCAUCGACAAGGUCAAGACCACAUUCAACAAAGCCAGCUCUGAGGAGGACGAGCCCAGACAUCCGGAGUCAUCGUCGGAGGAGCACGUCAAGGACGCAGGCAACAAGGCCAAGGACGCUGUCGUGGACAAGACCCAGAACUUCAUGAAAUCCGAAAAGCUCAAUUGAUGAUCCGUCAUAUAUGCGACAUCUCCCCGAUCACACUUCAUACAUUAUAAUUAUUUAUUAUAUCGUACAAUAAUCAUAUGACAUUUUUCAUGUAUUAAACAGUGAGCUUCCUCAAGCAUCCGUCGACGCCGCCAUGAACGCGUGUUACAAUAUAAUUAGACAUUUGUAACCAAUUAAGACAUUUAGACAGAUGUGUUUAUACAUAUUAAGUGAUCGUCUUGUAAACGUGCAACACGCGUUCUGCGGUGGUCCGUUUUCCAUUUUUAAGUCUUAUAUAUAAUACAUCUCCAGUAAAUUUAAACGUAUUAUUUAAACGUAUUAUCUGUUAGCACGAUAAGCAUAAACAGACAAUGUUAAUACUAUUAAUAUUGUCAAUAUUAUUAAUAUUAAUAUUACUCUCUAUUUAGUUUUAUACUAUUACUAUAAUAUGCGUAUUCUUUAAAUUUGAUAUAAUAUUGCAAGAUUUUUUUCAACAAAAUAUAUUUACGUAUUUAUUUCUAUUU